AUGUCUCCUUUUUGUGUCUCCUUGUUGUGUCUCCUUGUAGAUCUUAAUACAUACAAUAGCCAGUUACCUGUACAUGGCGCAGCAAGCGAGCAGCUGCGGCUGCUGCACCAGCAGCAGCUGCUGCAGCAGCAACUACUGCAGCAGCAGCAACAACAAGAUGGACUUCAACAGUCAACAUCAACCAGAAACCUGCAACACCAACAGGAGCAGCAGCAGCAACUGCAGCAGCAGCAGCAACUGCAUCAGCAAGUGCAGCAGCAGGAGCAGCAGCAACAACAACGGCCAGAGCAGCAGCAGCAGCAGCAGCCGCAGCAGCAGCAACACGCACCUAAGACAAUGACCUUAGCAGACUUUCAUCUAAUGCAGAAGCAGAAGCAGGAACAAAGACAGCAGCAGCAGCAGCAGCGACUGCAGCAACUGCAGCAGCAGCAGCAGCAGCAGCAGAAACAACCCAGAGUCAUGACUCUAGCGGACUUCCACAAGAUGCAGCAGCAGAAACAGCAUGAAAAAGAACAGCAGCAGCAGCAACAGCAGCAACUGCUGCAGCAGCAGCCUGCAGCACAUAUGACCUUCCAGGAGUUUCAGCAGCAGCAGCAGCAGCAGCAGCAGCAGCCGCAGCAUAGACUCAGAGGUCAACAGAAUCAGCAGCUGCAGCAGCAGCUGCAGCAGCAGAUUCUACAGCAGCAGCAGCAGCGGCAGCAGCAGAGGCCGCCACUGCCACAGAAGCAGCAUCUGCUGCAGCACCAGCAGCAGCAACUCCAUCCUUACCAGCCGCACUAUGAGCACCCAACUCAGCAGCAACUGCAGCAGCUGCAGCAGCAGCAACACUACCAACAGCUGAUUGCGCAGCAACACCAAGAGCAGCAGCAGCAGCAGCCGCAGCAAGCCCACCAGCAGGAACCCCAACAACAGCAGCAGCAGCAGCCGCAGCAAGCCCACCAGCAGGAACCCCAACAACAGCAGCAGCAGCAGCAGCCGCAGCAGCAGCAGCAGCAGCAGCAGCAUCCACCGAAGCAGGAGGAAGCUCUUUCUUUCUUACAAUUACCAAGUUGGUUACCUAGCUGGCUGCGGCCUCCCAGCAGCAGCAGCAGCAGCAGCAGCAGCAGCACAACAACAACAACAACCACAACAACAACAACAACAACAACAACAAGAGUACCAACAGCAACACCACCAGCAACAAUAACAGGAGCAGCAGCAGCAGCAGCAGGAGCAGCAGCAGCAGCAAUAAGACCAUCUCCUCCUGGUGUACCUACACUGCAGACAUUACUUGAGACUGUUGCUGCACAACAGAUAACAUCAACAACAACAGCAGCAACCCCACCAAUAACCACCUUUUUUAUUACUACUACUACUACUACUACUACUACUACUACUACUACUACUACUACUACUACUACUACCAGCAGCAGCAGCAGCAGCAGCAGCAGCAGCAGCAAUCCAGUCUUGAGGCCACUAGCUACUUUGUUUCCUAACUUGUUUGGUGGAGCGAAGAGAACAGAAGCAGUUGAAGACACAGCAGCAGCAGCAGCAGCAGCAACAGCAACAACAGCAGCAGCAGCAGGAGAAGAAACAGCAGCAGAACCAGCACCAGCAACAGGAGCAGCAGCAGCAGAAGCAAGUGCUGCUGAAGGCAAUGCAGCAUCUACACCACCUGCAGUAGACACAGAAACAACAGGAACAAUAAAAACAGCAGCAACAGCAGCAGCAACAAUAACAGCAUCAGCAGCAGCAGCAGCAGCAGAGCAGCAGCAGCAGCAGCAAAACACCGUGGCGCAUGCAGACGACCACCAUUAUAGAGAUUUGCUGCAGCAUAAGCCUGGGCCUAUCUCAGGUAUUAGAGACCUUAUAGACAUACCUCUACCAGCAGCAGUAGAGCAGCAGCAGCAGCAGCGGCAGCAGCAGCAGCAGCAGAAGCAGGAGAAGGAAGAACAGCAGAAACAGGAAGAAAUGCAGCAGCAGCAACCACAGGAAGAGCAACAACAUCAACAACAGGCAGAACAGCAGCAACAACAACAGGAAGAACAGCAACAGCAGCAACAACAGGAAGAACAGCAGCAACAGCUACAGGCAGAGAAGAAGCAACAACACCAGGAACAGCAGCAGCCAGAGCAGCAGCAGCCACAGCAGCAGCAACAAGAGCAACAGCAACAGCAAGCAGAGCAGCAGCAACAGCAACCACAACAGCAGCAACCGCCUGAGCAGCAGCAGCAAGAGCAACAAGAACAACCUGAACAGCAGCAGCAGCAGCAGCAGCAGCAGCAAGAGCAGCAGCAACAGCAGCAGGAAGUAUCUGCUGUUUCUUCAUGA